ACUGAGGGUCAAUUGUCAGGUGCCCCGUGAACACAUCGCGUCAUCAAUGCGCAGGUCACGUGACAUGCUGGUAAAGGAGCCAGGCCUGGGUCUGGUCUCUACCAGUGAUAGGAAACUUGAUUCCUUGUACUGACUCUAGUUCUUAUGUCUAAUAAGUUAUGAGUUACUCAAUCGGGUACUCGAUUCACUCGAGUCACCCGACACAUAAACUCACACAUGCACAGAAAUGUCCCUCAUCCUGACAUAUUCCAUCUAAAUUUCAAUAUGAAAGCUCAGUUAUUUGUAAUAAGCGUCCACGCUUUUGUUUAAUGGCUACCCUUAACCCCUUACUUUUAACCAAUCCGUAGCGGCCUAUUGAAGCAUUGUCCAAUCAAAAUUGACUCUGCGAUAUUUGAAUGCUGCGCAUGCGCCGUGAGGUACUUGUGGCUCUCAGGGUUCGUCUUUCGUCUUAUCAGCUGCUUCUGCUUCAGUUUUUACCCCCCACUUUUACCUUUUGUUCAUUUAAAUUGAAUCAUGUCGUCUGUGCAUGCUCCGGCUGCGAUGGUUCCAGUCGCUGAGAAUCCCAUCAAGGGUAAAAGCACAUUUGGGUCACGGAGGGCUGCCCUAGGAGAGAUUACAAAUUGUCCUGGGGCAGCAGUCGUCGUCACUAAGAAGGGACAGACCAGAGCCUGUAGAGCUCAGAAAGCUAAAGUUCAGCCAGUCCAGGUUCAAGCUCCAGCAGACCCACUUCCCCCAGUUGCUGAGGCGUUGGCUGAUGUGUCCAUGAAGGAGGAAGAGGAGCAGGAACUGUGCCAAGCUUUCUCGGACGCAAUGCUCCCCGUACAUGAUGUUGACGAGGAUGAUGGUGACCUGCCACAGCUCUGCUCGGAAUAUGUGAAAGAAAUCUACAGAUAUCUGCACCAGCUGGAGGUGCAGCAGCCCAUACACUCAAACUACAUGAAGGGUUACGAAAUCACGGAUCGCAUGCGAGCGCUUCUCAUCGACUGGAUGGUCCAGGUUCAUUCCAGCUUCCAGCUGCUGCAGGAGACCUUGUACCUCUCAGUCGCUGUCCUCGAUCGUUUUCUCCAGGCCCAGCCCGUUUCUCGCAGAAAGCUGCAGCUGGUUGGCGUGACUGCGAUGCUGGUUGCCUGCAAGUACGAGGAGAUGUAUGCCCCGGAGGUGGGAGACUUCGCCUACAUCACAGACAACGCCUUCACCAAGGCUCAGAUUUUGGAGAUGGAGCAGCUGGUUCUGAAGACGCUCAACUUCCAGCUGGGCCGUCCUCUGCCGCUGCACUUCCUCAGGAGAGCUUCAAAAGUGUCGAAUUCUGACACAGCGAGACACAUGCUGGCCAAGUAUCUGAUGGAGCUGACUCUUAUCGACUACGACAUGGUGCACUAUCGCCCCUCUGAGAUUGCUGCUGCAGCUCUGUGCCUUGCCCAACUGCUGCUGAACAGACUGCCUUGGUCUAGCACACAGCAGCAUUACUCCACGUACGAUGAGGCCCACUUGAAGACCAUCAUGCAGCACAUGGCCAAGAAUGUGGUGAUGGUGAACGAGGGGAAAACAAAGUUCCAGGCUGUCAGGAACAAGUACUCCAGCAGUAAGCUGAUGAAGAUCAGUCUCAUUCCUCAGCUGAAGUCCACGCUCAUCUGCAACAUGGCAGCUGCUGUCCAUGAUUCUUGAAUCCUUGGCUGCGAGAAUUUGUUCCACUUCCAUUUGCACUUUAUUUUAAUUUCAUUCUUUUUAAUGUUUUAUGAUUCUUUUUAUUCCAAACAUUGUAGUUUUGUUCAUUUAUGUUUGCACGUUUUAUGCCACCAUGUUUGGUUUCUUAUUAAAAGUCUUUGCGCAGGAA